AUGAUCGAAAGGUUAGAGAAAGCGAAUCGCCAAUUGGAAGAAGACAAUCGUCAGUUGAAAGAAACGAUUUGUAAAUUGACAGGAACAAUUCAAGAAUCAAGCGAGUCAAAUGAAAUGGCUCAAACCGAUGAAGACGGCGAAUAUUCUUAUCUCGGACUAGUUUCGAACGAAAAUGUUCCUGAAAUUGAAGAUUGUCAUGCAGAUCGUGGCCAAAAACGAAUUCGCUCAAUUCGUGAUACAGAAAGUGAAAUAAAAAAGAUUUCAUGCAUUCAAUAA